UUGUCAAUGGAGGAGACCGCCGUCACCUAGCAACCGGCUACAACAAACUGUGACGGGCUCAGCGCCGACAUUAAUGCUAGUGUUAGCUAGGGGGCUAACUGGGUAUCUAAGUCGGGACAACCAACCUUGACUGAACAGUCACCUUAGUUCAGCGGAAAAUGGUGAAACAGACGAUACAGAUAUUCGGUCGCAUCAAACCCACUAAGAAAACUACAGCGGUGUACUCUGUGGACAAUGAAGAGCAGACAGGUGCCUCUCUGGAGUUUGUGGUGCCCAGGGAUCUUGCUGAUGGCUUCGUUAACAACAAGAGGGAGUGCUACAAGUUCAGGUUCCAAAAAGUGUUUGAUCGUGCAGUCAAACAAGAAGAGAUAUUUCAAAACAUUGCCAAACCAGUUGCUGACAGUGUAUUAGCUGGCUAUAAUGGCACCAUAUUUGCGUAUGGCCAAACGGGCAGUGGGAAAACCUUUACCAUCACAGGAGGGGCCGAGCGCUACAGCGACCGUGGCAUUAUUCCACGCACACUUUCCUACCUGUACGAAUGCUUCAGCCAGGACAGCAGUAUGGUUUAUACCAUACACAUCUCCUACCUGGAGAUCUACAACGAGAUGGGAUACGACCUUCUGGAUUCCAGAAAUGAAGCCUCUCGACUGGAAGACCUACCAAGAGUAGCGAUCAUGGAGGAUUCAGACCAGAAUAUCCAUCUCAGGAAUCUGUCACUGCAGCAGUCAGCAAAUGAGGAAGAGGCUCUGAAUCUGCUUUUCCUGGGAGACACCAAUCGUAUGAUUGCUGAAACUCCCAUGAACCAGGCGUCAACGCGUUCCCACUGUGUUUUCACCGUGCACGUGUGCAGGCGUGAGCCGGGCUCGGCCACGGUGCGGCGCUCCAAGCUCCACCUGGUGGACCUGGCUGGAUCGGACAGAGUUAGCAAGACUGGCCUCAAUGGGCAGCUGCUCACCGAGGCCAAGUACAUCAACCUCUCCCUGCACUACUUGGAGCAGGUGAUCAUUGCUUUGUCUGAGAAGAAUCGGUCCCACAUUCCCUACAGAAACUCUGUGUUAACGUCUGUGCUUCGGGACAGCCUUGGGGGCAACUGCAUGACCACCAUGAUCGCCACUAUGGCAGUUGACAAGAGGAACCUUGAUGAGUCCAUCUCUACAUGUCGCUUUGCUCAGCGCGUGGCUCUCAUUAAGAACGAGGCGAUAUUAAAUGAAGAACUGGAUCCUGCCCUGCUAAUAGCGCGUCUGAAAAGGGAGAUCGAAUCUCUGAAGGAAGAGCUGGCAAUGGUGACGGGAGAGCAGAGAGACGACCAGCUAACUGUUGAGGAGAUCCACACGUUGAAAGAGCUAGUAAAAGCCUUUCUGGAUGACCCCGAUCCAGACGAGACACUGUUGCUGGGACCAGACAUGAGGAAAAUCCAGUUCUGCUUCUCCCUGCUGAAGAUAAUGAUUGUGGACAAGCAAGGUGGAGGAAGGGAGCGCGGUGAUGGUAAAGAGUCACCAGCAGCAACAGUGAGUGAAGAGGUAAUUCAAGACGACUACCACAGUGCCAAACAAGUGACCACAUUAAAGGAAAUGCUGAGUCAACGUGAUAAUGAAAUCAGUAUCCUAGUUAAGAUGUUAAAGACGGAGAAGAAAAGAGUCCAGGAUGCUGCUGCUCAGCUGGCUAACGUCACCAGUGGCCAGAGCCUGGCCUCCCAGAAUGCCCCGAGGUCGUCCACCAUGCCCGUGUUGAGGGAAGGCAGCACAGACACCAUCUCAGCCAGCCACGGAGGACGAGCAAUGCAGUUCAUGAAAAGAGGUCCACAGCUGUCGAUGGGAAAGCAAGAGGCCUUUGAGACCUUCAUAAGAGACCAUGAGGACUAUCUGACCAUUGAAGACAACAAGAGCCUACUCAAACAGAGGUCAGCUGAGGCCAGAAGACUUGGAGAGCAAAUGAAUGGCGCCAGAAACGGAAUCAAUGAGUUGAAGAAGCAGCUAGAGAUGCGGAGGAGGCAGAGGGCAGCUCGCGGUGUGAUGGGAAAUUGCACAGGGGCUGAGGAGGAGGUGGACACGGUGGAAGAAAACCUGUGCAAACAGAUUGAGCAAGAAAAAAAGGUUUACAAAAGCACCGUUGGCCGUCUCAAAGCCCUGAGGACAGAGAUUGAGCACCUGCAGCUCUUGCUGGAGAGGGCAAAGGUCAAGUUCCAGAAGGACUUUCAUAAGUGGUGGAGCCAGGAGGCUUCCAGUGACCAGGAAUCUGAGUCAGGGGCCACAGCCAGAAGUCAUCUCACAGGGUCACCAGGAGGAACCUUACAGCCAUCUUCACCCGGCACUCCAGGAUUUGGUGCUCCUGGUCUGAGCAGUAGCUUGAGAGACUACCCAGCAGGCCGAGAUCAAAACCCAAAUGGUUUCACCUCUUCUGUUCCGGAACUCAGGAGCUGCAGCCUUAAAAGCGUACCUCAUGUAACAGCUGUCCCAGCGCGGCAUGACACGUCCCUGGACAGGAGAGGGGCCGACAACGCUCCUCCAUCUGAGUGGAGGGCCCUUUCUACCACCAAGCUCACAUCGUCCUCUAUCCCCCUGACUGGAGACCAGCGGACGGACGCCGACAUCCUGGCCUUUGUCAGAGCGAGGCAAAACCUGCUCAACAGAACAGCUUUUAAGUCACCGGUGCAUGCUGGGAUGUGUGGUGAACCUGGCAGACAGAAACACAACACAGGUUCAAAGAGGAUUCUGUUAUUGCAGUUAAUUUCAAGGUUUUACACUCUGGAGACAAAGAAAAAAACAUUCUACUGAUAUAUUUUUUCUUUAUUUGUCCCCUUUUUUUCAAUACUGGAUGAUCAAUCAGUCUUUUGUUUUUAUUUAAUUCAGGCCACCUUCAGCAGUGACACGAAGUUUUGAGGAAGAAUGCAAGGCCUGAACUUUUCAUCAACUUGCUGCUUGUGCAACCACCACAUCUGUCAGGUGAUAAAAUGAUCCUGACAAUGUGUACUGUAUUUCCUGGAGUAUUGAUGGAACGGUGAAGACCUCCAUCGUGUCUCAUGCUCUCGCACACACACAUACACACACACACACACACACAUGUUGACCUCUGUAAGAUGUUGCCAUUGGUGUAAUGGGCAGCAGUAUAAAUCACAGGCUGCGUCGGCCAUUUGAGCUGAACAAAUGUUGUCUCAAGAUAUCAGAGGAAGGAGCAGAGAAGAGGAAACCAUCUGGCUCCAGUAUGUGUUUAAAGGUGUCAUGAAUCAUAAUGUUUUUUAAAAUGGGCACAGUUUCCACAUGAAGAAGAAUAUUUUGUGUGCUAACAAAUUUUUAUAAAUUUUGUAAAUAUUGUAAAAGUGGUAUUUUGAUAUCUGUACAGAAGUUUACUUGUCAUUGUAUUGAUUUGAAUGUAAAAUUUGAAAGAAAAUAUUCAAUUAAACAUAAAGCUGCAAGACUGAA